AUGACCUUACACGAAAUUCGAUUGUUUCACUCACCAGGGUCUUGCAGUACAGCUGCCCAUAUUCUGCUGAAAGAAUCCGGACUUCCUUUCUCGACUGAGGUCAUCAAUGUCAUGCAAGGCUUUCCCGCUGAGUUCCUCCAUCUCAAUCCAAAAGGCCGAGUACCUUUCCUGCAUAUGGACGGCGAGACAAUCACCGAGAUGCCAGCCAUCAUGACCGCCAUCGCGCAACUGGUUCCCGACAAGAAGUUCCUUGGAAGCACGAAUCUUGAUAUCGUGCGCUCUUACGAAUGGUUCAACUUUCUUGCCGGAGAUUUGCAUGCGCAGGGCUUCUUCACCUUCUUCCGUCCACACUACUUCGCCGACGACGAGGCAACAUAUGAUAGCAUUAGAGAAAAGGGUCGCACGAAGAUUUACAAGUGUUAUGCGAUCAUCGAGGAGAAGCUCGAGGGGGUGCAUGCAGUGGGGAGUGCGUUCUCGGCUGUCGAUGCAUAUCUCCUGCCGUUUUAUCGCUGGGGCACUGCGAACGAAUUUGCGACGAAGGAGAGGUAUCCAAAGUAUACGAAGCUUGUGGAAAAUUUGGCGGGGAUGGAGAGUGUGAGGGCUGUGUGCGAAGCGGAGGGGAUCGAUCCGAUGUUCGGGAGGCGACCGCAGUUGUAA